CCACCCUCCGACCCCAAAAAAUUCUUAUUUAUUUCCCAAGAUUUUGGUGCCCAACUCCCCGGAUCCCAAGUCUCACCACACCCACCAUAGCCCAGAGAAAGGGAUCAACAGAGAACGGAGAAAUAGAAAGAUUUCCAAAGAAAGAAAUGAGCUUUGGAGUAGUUCCCAGGAGCGGUAACCAAACCCUCCAUCUAUGGCCCAACCACGUUCCUGCCACCAAAAUCGGCGGCGGCGGGGGCGGUUCGUGGCGAGUGGCGCAGAGGAGGAGGGAGGGGAGUUGGUCGGCGGGGCUCUCCUCCUCCUCCUUUAGGACCCGAGCGGCUGUGGAGGAGCGGGGAUUCGUAGCGGCGAAGGGGAGCUUCUACGAGCUUCUUGGGAUAUCGGAGGGCGGGAGCUACGACGAGAUCAAGAAGGCGUACAAGCAGCUCGCGAGGAAGUACCACCCCGACGUCUCGCCGCCCGACCGGACGGAGGAGUACACCCGCCGCUUCAUCGAAGUCCAGGAGGCAUACGAGACUCUCUCCGAUCCCGGCCGAAGGGCGCUGUACGACCGCGAUUUAGCUCGGGGUUUGCACCUCGCCUUCUCCACCAGGAAGCGAUUUGAUGAGGAAUUGGAGGAAAGAUCUGGUUGGAGGAACCAUUGGCAAGAUCAGAUUGCUGAGUUAAAGAGGAGGAGCAUGAACAAGGAUGCAGGGGAGAACCUAUCUUGGGGAGCCCGAAUGCGCAGGCAAAGAGCUGAAUCAUCUGUUGAAUAGGGUCGUUAUCAUCAUAUAAAAACAUCUUCUACCUUGCCAUUUUCCUUUUAAAGUUUGACUUUGGUGGCUAUUCACUUUGUCAAUCAAGACGUCCGCAUCCUUAUCACUGCGGAGUAAUCAGCCCAUGUGCUCCCAGUACUCGACAAGCUGGUGAAGUGAUGCCCCAUUUCUUUUGUGGAUUCAAAGGAGAAAAGGAGAAAAAUAAAGCUUUCCAUUUUUAUCAACCCAUGCCACCUUGAGUUAUAAACAUUCUCAAAGUUUUACUGUACAGAAAUAAUGAGCUAUGCUACCAGCAUGAGCCUGUUAAUUUUACUUUCACCCUCCAUUGUAAAUGCUUUUCUCCUUUUAAAUAUGUAUAUAAUGGAGCUCUAUGUACUGUUAUAACUGUGUGGUUUUAUUUAACAUUGUGCUCUUAUGCAUGAGAAGCACUAUGCAGGAAUUAACUCAA